UAUUAUUCCCUCUUAUUUUAUUUUUCAGACUUUCCUGCUACCUUCUACAAAUCCACUUGUCUUGGCGGGGCUAAUACAGGCUCGCAUUCGGUUCUAGCAUUUCUGGGUAUGCCCAGAAGUAGACGAGGUAGCCACUCCCUCUCCUCAACGCAGACUGCUGACGAUGGACUGAGGCUGCAUUGUUUUAUCAGAGCCCUUUUUCUUAAAUCUCUAUCUGUUAAUACCCUAAAAAUGUAUGAUACAGCAUGGAAGUUGUUUGCUGACUUCAAAAGUACGUAUCCGCCCAAUGGUGCUGGGCACAUUCAAUACCUAUUAUCAUUUGUCACUUUUUGCCACUCACAUCUCAAACUCUCACACUCUACCAUUAAGCUUUACCUAUCUGGCAUAAGGCAUUUUCAUUCUCUCACACAUCCGGACCAACCAUCCUUGUUUUCUACCCAUCCCGUCAGAGCAAUUUUAAGGGGUAUAAAGAAGAGUGGUGGUACUGCUGGCACUACUUGCAAACUGGUCUCAGGUCACCUGUUUAGAACCUUGUCUGAUGCCCUCAGUAAUUUUCCUUUUGGGUUCAGACUAAGUCUACUGAUCAAAACUGCCAUAUACAUAGCCUUUUAUGGUUUCCUGAGGCCUGGCGAGUUUUUAUGUACCAGCAGCACAUUCACUUACGUACGCAAGGACCAGGUAUCGUGGCAUGACACUUAUUUUAUUCUCACCUUGUAUUCUUCUAAGACACUAGCGCUUGGCCAAACUAUUGAUGUCAUGUAUUUUCCCACAGAUAAUGCUUGGUGUCCGGUGACAGUUAUCCAAGAAUGGUUAAUUGUUUCAAGUAAUGAAAUGCCAGACAAAGGGGAUUUGUUUUCCAUAUCUAGUGCUCCAUUAACCAGUUCUAUGUUUAUCAAACGUGUUCGCAUAUUGCUAGUCAAUCUGGGGGUCAAUCCUCAGUCUAUCUCCGGGCACUCCUGUAGGAUAGGGGCAACCUCAGCAGCAUCAAAGAAUAAUAUUUCGGUCCACAUUAUCAAGAGACUAGGCUGGUGGAAAUUCGCAUGUUAUUCUAGAUAUAUUCCUGACCCUCAUUGUGAGAUGUUAUCAGUGUUUAAAACACUGCUCUUGUGA